AGCAUUUAAAUACGCCAUUAUUAAAAAAAUAAAUAAAAACUAUAGAACUCUCUCACUCACUCGCUCCAUUCUGAUAUUCAAAAUCGAAGUGCGAAGAAGUGAAAACGACAGCGUUUUGAAUUGGGUUCACUCCGUCAUCCAUUAUGGGCUGCGCCAACUCGAAGCUCAACGAUCUUCCGGCGGUGGCGUUGUGCCGGGACCGAUGUAGAUUCCUGGACGAAGCUCUCCGCCAUAGCCACGACUUCGCCGAAGCUCACGCCGCAUACCUCGAGUCCCUCAAGGCAUUGGGUCCCGCUUUCGAUCGUUUCUUCAGUCAAAAUGUAGUCAACAGCGAAGCUUUGAAAAAGUGUUCUUCUUUAUCUCCGGCGGCCGCGGCUUCUUCUUCCCCGGUGCAUAAAUCAAACCCGGACUCCAACUCUGACUCGCACCUCCGAUUCCCUUCCGAUUCUUCCGAGGACGAGGAUACUGAUAAUAAACUCGGGCAUAAUUACAUCAGCGAAGAGGAAACCCAAGGCUUAAUAAUCUCCCACAACUUCAAUUACUUGAAUUCAAAGCCGCCUCCGUCUCCGCCACCGGCUUCGCUCGGCUCGGCUUGGGAUUUCUUGAACUUGUUCGAGAAUUUCGAGAAGUACGAGCGGUUAUACACUUCGAAUCCGGAGCGAAGUGAAGCUACGGAGAAAGUACAGGGAAGUAGUAAGCCGAGUGGUGAGCAGGCUGAGAAUGGCGAAACGACGGCGUAUGAGGUUCGAGUUUUAGAGAAGAAGAGUGGGGAAACGAAGAAGGAAAGCUCUGAGAAAACAAACGACUCGGUUACUACGAAAACUCCAAACAGUUCAGUUGUAGUACUUGGUGUCCCAGAAGCCAUGGAUGAGAUUAAGCUUCAGUUUGUUCAAGCUUCGGAGUCUGGCAAUGAAGUUUUGAAGUUACUCCACCAUCGCUUAAGGGUACCUCUUAAUCAAGAUUCAUUUCGAUUGGUUUUUGAGGAAGAUAUGGGGGUGAUCAGUUCACCAAAUCUAUCUUCGACUCUAAAGAAGCUCUUAUUAUGGGAGAAGAAACUUUAUCUUGAAGUCAAGGCUGAGGAAAAACUACGAACAAUUUAUCAGAAAAAGUACCAGCAGCUGAAAAUUUUGGAUAGAGAAGGUGGUGGUGGUAAAGCACUGAAAGCUAACUCCACUAAAGCCUUACUAAGAGAUCUAUCGACUAAAUUGAAGAUUGCGUUUCAAAUAGUUGAUAGGAUAUCCAUUGCAAUAAAUAAGUUGAGAAAUGAAGAAUUGUGGCCUCAAAUCAAGGAAUUGAACAACAGAUUACUACCAAUGUGGAAAGCCAUGAUAGAAUGUCACAAGCGCCAAUACCAAGCAAUUUCAGAGGUCAAAAGCUUAGAUGCCAAUGCUAUAACAUCUAAUGAGAAACUCAACAAUGCUGAUCUUGAAGCAGCCAUACAACUCAAGCUAGUUCUUCAAUCAUGGAACUUGAGCUUCUCCAAUUGGAUUUUCUCCCAAAAGGACUACAUCAAAUCCAUGAACGGUUGGCUCAUGAGAUGUCUUCUAUAUGAGCCCGAAGAAACUUCGGAUGGCCAAAUACCCUUCUCUCCCGGCCGCCUUGGCGCGCCCAACAUUUUCGUGAUCUGUAACCAUUGGUCCCAAGCCUUGGAUAGGAUUUCAGAGAAGGAAGUGAUUGGUGCCAUUCAAGGCUGUCUUGCUUGUAUUGAUACCCAAUUGAAAGAGCACAAUGUUGAGUUACUUAAAAUGGUCAUUUCAGACAAGGAAAUUGAAAGAAAAGUUAAGAUUUUGGAGAGGGAAGAGCAAAAGAUGGUUAAGUUGAUUCAGGGUCGAGAAAAGAAUAUGGUAACUGGUUUUGUUCUUAGCCAUAGUGAUAUUAUCAAGUGUAGUGAUUUACAAUUGGGUUUGAAGCAGAUAUUUAUGGCUAUGGAGAAGUUCAUCGCUAACUCCAUACAAGUAUAUGAGGAGCUUCGUGUACGCAUUGAGGAAGUUGGUGAAUAUAAUGCUGCGGAGAACUUGAGUGGUUCAUAGGUAUAUUUUUCAUAUUGAUAUGUACGUACAAGGUAUUUUGUUACAAUCUUUUUAUUAUUAUUUAUAUAUAUAUAUAUAUUAGUUAAAAUGUGUUA